GGGAUGAGUAGUUAGUUUCAUCUUUGAGGGGAAAGUGACUCGCUCCAUAAUCAAUCUGCAGGCCUUCAGCCAUUUCUUUUGAAAUGGAAUUGGCGUUGCAUAGGUUUACGUAGGAUAGUUGUUUGUGGAAAAUGGUGAAGGAACUCGGUGGCGGAGCACAGAACCUCCCGGCGGAUGUGACUCAAUUGAUCGAUCAACUCGAGCGCCACUGCUUAGCUCCCGAUGGCUCUCUCAUCUCCAAAUCCACCCACUACGAUCUUCAACUUGCGAGGGAUGAGAUGACGAAAGAGAGACAGCGCUACUUGGAAGCGUUGGCAAUUUACAUUGAAGCAGUUGGGAUGGUGGAAGAGUAUCAGCAAGCUCUUUCUGUGGCCAACAUUGGUGGAAUCCGAGAUGUUCAGGGUCACUACCCUCAAAUUGGGUUGAAAACCUCUCCUCAGGUUUAUGAGGCUCUUGAGCAUCGGAUGGCGGUGGCAGAAGCUGCUCAAAGACUGAGGCUACCUCUGAUUUCCAAAGAUGGUGAGGUUCAAGAUGACGAAAUUGACAAGUGGAGUACACUCUCAAGAAGUUCCCUAGACAGCACAGGCACCAGUGUCACAAUCAGCUCAAAUUCGACUAAUUUCACAGCUGCUGCUGGAAUUACUGUUCCAUCUACUGAUGCUUCAGAACCUUCCAUUGGUGGUGUUCCUAAUCAGUACCUAGGAAUAACACCUACCUAUUUGUGGCAGGCUCAACUCCUGCAGUCACCAUUAUGCAUGGACACGACAGAAUAUCAGAUAUUGCUUUCACGUGAGAUUGGAAGUCGGUUAGAUGCUAAAUGUGAUAAGUUAGCAGAUGUUAUUGCCAUACACGACAUUGAUACAUCCAUCAGUAAUCAAGUACCAACUGCUCGCCUCCCAGAGAGGUCUCUUCUCCCUCUCAAGGUAAAGGUGAUAAUUGAAGAGAUUGAGAGAGAAGAAGCAACCUUGCGUGAAGAUUUAUACUCAUCAGACAGAAAAUUUGCAGAAUAUUACAACGUUUUGGAGCAGAUACUUGGAGUUCUUAUCAAGCUCGUCAAGGAUAUAAAGUUGCAACAUCAGCAUAAAUAUGAUGAGCUGCAAAAGACUUGGCUGAGUAAAAGAUGUGAUACAAUGAGUGCAAAGUUGAGGGUUUUAGAGCACAUUCUUCUGCUUGAGACAUAUACACCAGACACAAUCCCAGCUCUCCAUAAGAUAAGGAAAUAUUUGGUAGAGUCAACAGAAGAAGCUUCACUUGCAUAUAAUAAAGCGGUCACUCGCCUCCGUGAGUACCAGGGUGUAGAUCCCCACUUUGACAUGAUUGCCAGACAAUACCAUGACAUUGUCAAGAAAUUGGAAAAUUUGCGUUGGACUAUACAGCAAGUAGAAAUGGACUUGACGCGUUUGCCUGCUCCGCAUCCCGUGGGUACUUAGAGUGUGGAGUUUCUCAAAGCGUUUCUUACUUGAUCAUAAUGUCUCUUAAGUGUGGAGUUUACAAUGUCACCCUUGGUCACCAUCUUACUAUUAACUCAACCAGCCACUCAAGUUUUUUUCAGGUACUUUCUUUCUAAGCAGAGAGAACAAAGCUGACCGCCCACCAUCACUGUCCUUUUAAGGUGAUUGCUGCUAUAAAUACCUACCGCCAUGUCAAGUCCAACAGAUUGAAAACUGUGCUCAAGUAAAAAAUGUUAAGGUUAAGUUACAACUGUUUUUUAGAGAAAGUUACAAUUGUUUAGGUACCGAUAAAACACUGUUUUUUAUCGUAAUUUAAUUAGUUUCAAAUUUUAAGGGGAGUGCACUGGUUACAGUGUUGUUAUAUCACUUGUAUGACUGACGGGUCAUGGGUUCAAGUCUUGGGGAAAGCUGGUCUCUUACACACCUUUAUGGUGGGACCCUUCCUGAACACUCGUUUUGUGGGAAUGAUAAGGUGCACCGAACUACCCCUUUUUUAAUUAGUUUCACUUCCAAAACAAUAUCGAUUUGGUCGUGCCGGAGUAAUUGGAUCAACAACUGUGUCAUGUCAUUUAGAUUUUUUUAGUAAAAGUGAAUUCUAAGGAGAUUUGUUUUUGACAUUUUUAGUGCGACUAAAAAUGACAGAAGUAUGGCUUUUGAAUGCAUUUAGUCG